GACAAAGCGGAAGUAGUGAAAAUUAUCCUCGAUCAUUUUUGCUAGCUGUGCAGAGGCAAGCUGAGGCGGUCUUUCUGUGCCAAUCUCGGACAUUACGGCCAACGGCACCGUGGACAUGGACAGAUAGUGUUCGUUUUGUCGGAUUUACAGACGCGGUCCCCGACAGAAGAUUACACAUCGAAACCUGUGCCCAUCUUCGACUCGGGUGUCUCAGAAGGAGACACGAUCAUUUAAACCUCCUGUGGAACUCCCAAAUUCCCUCCACUAUUCCUGUGGCCACCAGCAGCAUGGCUAACAGCACCACGGCGGCUGUUAAGGUUCUGGGGGCCCCCGGCCCCGCUGGCAGGAGUAGUCCAGAAGGAUCUCAGGUGCUCAGUAAAAAGAAGCUUCAGGACCUGGUGAGAGAGAUUGACCCAAAUGAGCAGCUGGAUGAAGAUGUUGAGGAGAUGCUGCUGCAAAUUGCAGAUGACUUUAUAGAGAGUGUAGUGACAGCAGCCUGUCAGCUUGCACGCCAUCGCAAGUCCAACACCUUGGAAGUGAAGGAUGUUCAGUUACAUCUUGAACGCCAGUGGAACAUGUGGAUUCCUGGUUAUGGCUCAGAUGAGAUCCGGCCGUUCAAGAAGGCUUGCACCACAGAGGCUCACAAACAGAGAAUGGCGUUGAUCCGCAAGACAACCAAAAAAUAGCAAGACUGUAAACUAACGUGUUGUACCCUCUCUGUCUAAUGUCUUUUCUUUCUUUUUUUCAGAUAGUUUUCAUUAGUCUUUUUCUCUUUCCUUUUCAAGUGGGAUCUUUUGGAUUAAGGGCAAGAAUGAGAGGGGUUUGCGUGGGGAUUUUUUUUGUUCUUCUUUUGACAUUAGUGAGUCAUUGCCCUGUCUCCCUAACCUUUGAGUGUUUUGCCAGCAUCAUCACACAAUAAUGUAAUUAUUGUCUCUGAUUCUGUUUUGUUUCCAUUAAGCUACGUCUGGCAGAGCUCUGUUCAUUGCAUUUUUGUGAAUAAACAUUGAAUGGCAUGCUCUUUUUGGAUUGUGACUACUGUUGUAUCCAGUGCCUUUUGAUACUUUUAGAGCAUUUGGAUCCGAAUGUUACUGAUUAAUCUGCCUCCUCACAAUGAUCUUCGGUGUUAUUUCGACAAUAGAUAAUCAUAAAUGUUCAGUAAGUAAAAUAUUGUGACUCCCCUGUUAACCUACUCUAAUCACAUGAUCCUGUUCAUUAGUUGUUUUUUAAAUACAUAGUUUAUAAUUACAAAAAGUGGCCACAAAUCAAUUAAAUUCUUUGCCUUUGUUGUUGACAUGUA